AUGCAAGGAUUUUGCUAUGCAUUGGCCCUCUUGGCGCUGCUUGCAGCUGCCAAUGGCCAAAAUCUCAACUGCAACUUUGACAACAACAAUAUCUGCAGCUGGACCCAGGUGACAGGGGCAGAUAACUCUAACUGGCUCCUGAACAAGGGCCCUACCCCGUCUAUCCUGACGGGGCCACCCAACGACCACACGACCAACACCCCCAAUGGGUACUACAUCUACUAUGAGGCCAAUAACAAGACUUUAGGUGACAAGGCACAGGUCCAGAGCCCCACUUUCUCGGUGACGGGAACCAAGUGUUUCAGCUUCUGGUACUUUAUGUAUGGCUUCAGUGUGGACAGCCUGAAUGUGUACCUCAAGUCUGGAAACAACCUGGGCCAGCCAGUCUUCACAAGGCAAAGGACCCAGGGUGCAAGAUGGGUCCAGGCCAACAUCAACAUCGUGAACAAGAGGAACAUACAGGUUGUGAUUGAAGCCAUUAGAGGCCGAAACUACAUGGCUGACAUUGCUGUAGAUGACAUUGUCCUCUCCAAUCAAGCAUGUGGUCAGGGAGGUACUAGCUCAGUGACCCCUGCCCCAGGCCAGAAUGGUACGAUCACCUGCAACUUUGAGUCUCAGAACCUGUGUGGCUACUCUCAGGACAAGGCAGACCAGUUUGACUGGACGUGGGCCACAGGUAGCUCCGCCACCCAGGGAACAGGACCCACAGGCGACCACACCCAGCAGUCAGGGGCUGGCCACUACAUGUUGAUGGAGGCUAGUGGGCACAUUCUGUUCAUGAAAACAAGGCUGAUAUCACCCAUCAGCACAUCAAACACACCAAUCUGUGUCAACUUCUACUACUACAUGUAUGGACAACAGAUUCGCCAACUCAACGUGUACUCGAAGGUUAACGGACAGCUAGGGCGUCCCAUUUGGCAGAAGACAGGCGACCAGGGAACCAACUGGCUGGUCGGACAGGUCACCGUAAACCCUGCAGGGCAGAACUUCCAGGUUGUGUUUGAAGGAGUUCGAGGAUUAACAGAGAAAAGUGACAUUGCCAUUGAUGAUGUGAGCACUCUACCAGGUGCAUGUCCCACCCCUGGAUCAUGUGACUUUGAGAAUGGAAUGUGCGCAUGGACAAACUCACUUGGCGAUGAUUUUGACUGGAUAGAUAGAAGAGGCAGGACCACAUCUUCAGGCACAGGCCCCAACAGUGACCACACAAAGGGAACUGCUCAAGGCCACUACUUGUAUAUUGAGGCCAGUUCCCCUAGGCGUCUUAACGACAAAGCAGUACUUACCAGUCAAGUGUUUGAUGGCUCGAGCCAGCCUCUGUGUUUCCAGUUCUGGUACAGUAUGGUUGGAACCAACAUUGGUUCCCUAAACAUCUACAUGCUGCAGGGCGGGGUCCAGACCCCUAUGUGGCAUCUCGUCGGUAACCAACGGUCACAGUGGAGCCAGGGGAAGUUUGCUGUCUCGUCUACACAGAGCUUCCAGAUUAUGAUUGAGGGAGUACGAGGCAAUGGUGUAAGAGGAGACAUCGCGAUUGAUGACAUCUCCACAACCAAGAGCAACUGUGCCUUGACACCAAGUAAUGCUCAGCCUCAGGGAGCAGCUGCCAGCACUGCCCGAUCCACAAACCCCACGACCUCUAGUGCCACCACGGCCCACCUACAGACACGUACAGUCACGUGUAACUUUGACUAUGACCUGUGUGGAUGGAUGCAGGUCAAGACUGACCAAUUUGACUGGCAGCGUCAAUCUGGAGGCACCAUAUUGCCGGGUACUGGACCUCCUGCAGACCACACCUCUGGAAAGGGCUACUACAUGUUGACAGGAGCCUCAGUACGCUACCAGAACCAGACAGGCCAACUACAGAGCCCAACAAUUAGAGCCAAUGGACGGGCACAGUGCCUCACCUUCUGGUACCAUAUGUAUGGCCCAAACAUUGGCACGAUGAACCUGUAUGUGAAGAACCGACCGUCACUAGGCAACCCUAUUUGGUCAAGGUCAGGGACACAGGGAAACAGCUGGACACAGGGGGCCGUUGUCUUGCCAACCACUGGCACUUACACAGUGAUAUUUGAGGCUGUUAAUGGUUAUGGUUUCCGUGGUGAUAUGGCCCUGGAUGAUGUUUCACUGACAUCUUGUGCAGGCAUAACAACCUCAGCCCCUGGGGUCAGCAACUCCCCGCCUGUGGGAAACCUUGCUUCCCGAGUAUGUAAUUUUGAGCAGCGCAGCAUCUGUGGUUACACACAGGACAAGACUGACAACUUUGACUGGACCUGGGAUAAUGGAGGUACCGGUACUUCUGGAACAGGACCUUCCAAGGACCAUACUUACAACACAGCACAGGGCUAUUAUAUGUACAUGGAGUCCUCAGCUCCACAGCGUAGAGGACAGAAGACACGCUUGAUCUCUCCGACCUUCAAGGACACAGGCACUGUGUGUGUCAAGUUCUGGUAUCACAUGUAUGGAAGUAGCAUAGGAACACUGAAUGUUUACGCAAAGGUUGGCUCCGCCUUGGGACUGCCCCUAUUUACUAUGUCUGGGCAACAAGGCAACAAGUGGACGAUGGGUGCGGCUACCAUCCCCACUGGAACAGCCACACAGGCUUAUCAUGUGGUAUUUGAGGGAAUAGUUGGAAACAGUUACCGUGGAGAUAUCGCCAUUGAUGAUGUGAGCUUCUCAUCUGGAGCAUGUGGAAAUCCAGGUGACUGUGACUUUGACAGUGAUAUGUGUUCAUGGACAAAUGUUCAGUCGAGUGAUGACUUUGACUGGACCCAGCAGUCAGGGAAUACGGCAACGGGAACCACUGGUCCCCAGUCUGACCACACGCAAGGAAACAACCAGGGCAAGUACAUGUUCAUUGAGACAUCUGUUCCACGUCAACCUGGAGACACAGCCUGGCUGGUGAGCCAGUCGUUCGGGGCGGUACCCAGCUCUGGCCGAUGUAUAAGCUUCUGGUACAACAUGGUUGGUUCCACUGUUGACACUCUGUCAGUUGCCGUUCAGCCCCAAGGUCGCUCCAACACAACCAUCUGGACGCUAAAAGGAGCCCAGGGAUCUGGCUGGCUGCAGGGCCAAGCCCCUCUUCCCAAGGCCGGGGUCCCAUACAAGGUCGUGUUUGUGGGAGUCCGGGGCCAAAGUUACACAGGUGACAUCGCCAUUGACGACAUCACAUUCACGCCAUCCAACUGUGGAGUAAACCCCUCCACAGCUACACCACCAGUGCAGACCACAGGAGCUCCAGCUGUGACAACUCUGACUCCUGGGGUAUUCAACUGUAAUUUUGAGAGUGAUAUCUGUGGUUGGAGCCAGGACAAGACGGACCAAUUUGACUGGACACGUAAGAGAGGGUCCACAGGAACAGUUGGGACUGGACCCUCGUCAGACCACACCACUGGACAGGGUUACUACGUGUACAUUGAGACAUCUGGGAGACGGUCAGGCCAGAAGGCUAGGCUUAUCAGCCCGCAGGUAGACAUAAGUUCCACGGGCUCCAGGUGUGUGACAUUCUGGUACCACAUGUAUGGGCAAAACGUGGACCGCAUUAACAUGUACGCCCAGUACGGCCUCAAUCUGCCCUCCAGCCCCACCUGGGUCAAACAGGGCACCCAGGGCAACAAGUGGGUCCAGGCACAAAUCACAGUCAGUGCAACCAAACCCUUCAAUAUUGUUCUUGAGGGAGUGAGAGGAACCAGCUACAAAGGAGACAUUGGCCUGGAUGACGUGGCUAUCACUGACGGAGCUUGUGCAGUAAAUGUGCCUACAGGAAGUACCACUUCAACGCAGUGUGAUUUUGAGCAGAGUUCCAUCUGCGGCUUCACGCAGGUGCAUGGGAGUCAAGACCAGUUUGACUGGACGUGGGAUGCCCAGGGGACACAGUCUGGAGGCACCGGGCCCCAGACUGACCACACACUAGGCACUGCCAGAGGCCAUUAUAUGUACAUUGAGGCCUCUAGCCCAAGACACCGUAACGACAAGGCUCGUCUGCUCAGCCCGAUCUACAACCCAUCCAACCAACCCUCGUGUGUAAAGUUCUGGUACAACAUGAACGGGCGCUCGAUUGGCUCACUGAAUGUCUACACCAUUCUAGGUGGAGUGUAUAACAAGGCGUGGACAAGAUCAGGAAACCAGGGGCCCACAUGGAAGGUUGACUCUGUGACAGUUCCAGCCAGCACCAAACCCUUCCAAGUGAUGUUUGAAGGUGUUGUGGGCGGAGGAUACCUGGGCGAUCUUGCCAUAGAUGACUACAGCAUCCAGCCUGGGGCCUGUGGAUCCACAGCCAUCAGCUGUAACUUUGACCAGAACUCGCUGUGCACUUGGACCCAGGUACAUGACGGGAACGACCAGUUUGACUGGCAGCUACACAAGGGACAAACCGGCAGUAGUCAGACUGGGCCAACCAGUGACAAGUCUGGGAAUGGUUACUACAUCUACAUAGAAGUGUCUGCCCCCCGUAUUACUGGUGACCGUGCCUGGCUGGUCAGUCAGAGUUUCUCUACUGGUUCCCAGAACUGUUUCAGCUUUUACUACAACAUGUAUGGCAACAGUAUUGGUGCCCUACGCAUCUGGGUCCAGGCCCAGGAUGGUUCCCGUACGCCGAUAUGGGAACUUAAAGGGAACCAGCAACAAAUCUGGAAACAAGGAACUGCUGUCAUACCGCCACAAAAGUCAUCGUACACUGUGAUCAUAGAAGGUGUUAGGGGUUCCUCUGUCACGGGGGACAUUGCCAUCGACCAGGUCUCCUUUGCAAACAACACCAACUGUGCAAGAUUUCCCCAGAAUGCAAUCCCAUCAGUGCCAGCAGUGACACCUACAGGGCCACCAGCAACACCAACAACUCCAACACCCAAGGCCACACCUUCCACCACCACAGUCACCACUGCCAAACCUUCAGGUGGUAACAGCUAUGGUUGUGACUUUACAUAUGACUUCUGUGGAUGGCACCAGGUUCAUGCCACUGCACCCUGGGGUGGGGACCAGUUUGACUGGACAAGAUUUCGAGGACGGACAUCCUCUACUGGCACUGGACCAAGUGGCGAUCACACUACAGGAAAUGGAUACUAUAUUUACAUCGAGACAUCUGCCCCCAGACGUAAUGGAGACAAGGCCCAGAUAAUUGGCCCCACCAUUUCACUGACUGCUGGUCAAGUCCAGUGCUUUUCCUUCUGGUAUAACAUGCUAGGGGACAACAUCAGGGCUCUUAAUGUCUACGCAAAGAAGGGAAACAGUCUUGGCUCCCCAGUAUUCACCCGCUCGGGCACACAGGGUGCAACAUGGAAACCCGCGCAGGUCUCUCUCACUGGACCUGGCAUUUAUCAGAUUGUGAUAGAAGGAGUGAGAGGAACCAGUAUCAAGGGAGAUAUUGCCAUUGACGACACAAACAUCACCUCUGGCGCCUGUCUAUCCCCAGCUCCCAGUGGAGCCCCCAACGUGAACUCACCUCUGUCAUGUGACUUUGAAAGCACCAGCAUGUGUGGUUAUGCCAAUGAGAAAAACACUGAUGACUUUGACUGGAUCCGUAAUGCUGGCUCUACUUCCUCGGCUGGAACUGGCCCAUUUGCAGACCACUCACUAGGAACCAAAACUGGCCACUACAUGUUCAUUGAGACCUCAAAUCCCCGCCACCAGGGUCAGAAGGCCCGUCUGCUAUCCCCAGCCAGCUCAACUAACACUCCAAUAUGUGUGAGCUUCUUCUACCACAUGUACGGGAACAACAUUGGCUCUCUGAACGUGUACGUGAAGCAGGGCGGGCAGCUGGGUCAGCCCGUGUGGGCCCGGAAAGGGAACCAACAGAACCGCUGGACCCAGGGGCAAGUUUCUGUUAACCCAUCACAGCAGCAGUUCCAGAUUGUGUUUGAGGGAGUGGUAGGAAAUGGUUACCAAGGUGAUAUUGCCAUUGACGAUGUGUCUGUCAAGACAGGAUCCUGUGGUGUACUAGGUGCUUGCACCUUUGACCAGAGCAACCUGUGCACAUGGACUAAUGUGCAGUCAAGCGAUCAGUUUGACUGGACACUACAGCAGGGGGGCACACUCACAAGUGGCACUGGGCCAUCAGCAGAUCAUACACAGGGAAAUGCUAAUGGAACAUACCUCUUCAUUGAGGCAAGCAGACCUCGUAGAAAUCGUGACCGUGCCUGGUUACAGAGCUCAGUAUUGCCAGCAACUGGCUCUACCCCCCAGUGCCUGCAGUUCUGGUACAGCAUGUUUGGCAGAAAUGUCGGCUCCCUUACUGUCUACAUCUCCCAAAAUGGUUCCAUGCCAGGCUACCCCAUGUGGGCUCUUACAGGAAACAAGGGAGUCGGAUGGAAGUCUGCACAAGUUGCAUUGCAGUCAAGCAUACAAUACACGGUGGUGUUUGAGGGACAAGUUGGUUCUGGUAUUCUUGGUGAUAUUGCUCUUGAUGACCUGUCGAUGACUAGUGGACAGUGUGCUCUCACCCCGGCCAACGCCCUCCCACAAGGGGCCACAACUCCUGCUCCUACAAGUACUCAACCAACAACCACCAUUGUUGCAACAUCAAUGCCCAACUCUUUCAACUGCAACUUUGAGAAUGGUAUAUGUGCCUGGACACAGGCUACGGAUGACAAGUUCCAGUGGACAAGACAGCGGGGUCGAACCACCUCUGGCAACACUGGGCCUACUUCUGACCACACCACUGGACGUGGCUACUACAUCUACAUCGAGGCAUCAAACAGGAGGCCUAACGACACGGCCCGUCUGGUGAGCCCCCGGCAGUCUCCCCUAUCCCCUGCUGGUCCCCAGUGCCUGCGGUUCUGGUACCACAUGUAUGGGCCCCAUAUCAACACCCUCAACGUGUACAUCCAGGCAGGGGCCAACAGGGGGCAGCCUGUUUGGACCAGACAUGGAACACAGGGGAACCGUUGGAUUCAAGGGUCCUUUGUCAUCAAUGCAACCACAGGAUACAAUGUUGUGCUUGAAGCCCUGCGAGGUGUGAACUAUGCUGGAGACAUUGCCGUUGAUGAUAUAAGUCUCACCAAUGGGCUGUGCUCAGCCACUAACCCAACCCAGGCUCCAGGAGGCCCAACCAUAGACUCAUGUACCUUUGAGAGUGGCCUGUGUGGCUACACAAAUGACCGCAGUGGUGACCAGUUUGAUUGGACACGAAAGAGAGGCCGCACAUCCUCUGCCAAUACUGGACCCUCGAAUGACCACACGCUUGGAACAGGCGCGGGUUACUACAUGUAUAUUGAAACAUCCUCUCCUCGUCGCCAGAAUGAUAUGGCACGCCUUACCUCCAAAACGUACAAUGCCUCAAGUAAUGCUGAAUGCCUUCAGUUUUACUACCACAUGUACGGCACUCAUAUUGGCACCCUCAAUGUCAAGCUCAAGGUGAAUAGUGCCCUGGGUGCAUCAGUUUGGACCAAGUCACGUUCCCAGGGCAACCAAUGGAACAAAGCCCUCGUUACCCUGCAAGCAUCCAGUAUCUCCAACAACUUCCAGAUUGUGUUUGAGGGUAUCCGUGGUAACGGUAUCUAUGGUGACAUCGGCAUUGACGACAUCCAGUUAUCAGCAGGUGCAUGCAGCACAGGAGGUGCAGGUGCCAGCCCAGGUGGCUGCACAUUUGAGAAUGGCCGCUGUACAUGGGAAAACUCUCAGAAUGAUAACUUUGACUGGCGGGACGGAACUGGUUCAACAACAAGUGGCAACACUGGACCCACAAACGAUCACACACUCGGAAACCCUAGAGGUCAUUACCAGUUUCUGGAAUCAUCAGCUCCACGAAAGGUUGGUGACCGUUGCUGGCUGGUCAGUGAACAGUUUCCACCCACCACUGGACGAUGCUUUAAGUUCUGGUACAACAUGUAUGGAUCUGGCAUCGGCUCACUGAACGUCUAUGUACAGUUUAAUGGAGGCUCUAACCAGACAAUCUGGUCAGUAAAUGGUGACCAUGGCAGCACCUGGCUCAAUGGUCAGGCCCCAAUCAAGUCAUCGGGCACCUACCAUGUGAUCAUAGAAGGCGUGCGGGGCAGUGGUUACCAGGGAGACAUUGCCAUUGAUGACAUCUCAUUCACAGAUUCCAUAUGUGGAGUUCAACCAAGUGAGGCAGCGGUUAACGGCUCAUCAGUGCCUCCAACUGUUCCUACCACUAUUCUUACCACACCACAGGUUGGGGUUGUUGACUGCAACUUUGACACAGACUUCUGCCAGUGGAGCCAGGACAAGGGAGACAACUUUGACUGGACUCGUCGUCAGGGUGCAACUUCUUCUGCCCUCACUGGGCCAACUGCUGACCACACGUCCGGAAGUGGCUACUAUGUGUACAUUGAAACAUCAAACCCCCGUCGUCCAAAUGACAAAGCCCGUUUGGUGAGCCCGCAGCAGUCGCGAGGCCAGUUCUGUCUUCAGUUCUGGUACAACAUGUAUGGCCAGAAUGUCAACGCACUCAACGUCUACGUGAAGACAGGCCCCGCCCUUGGCACCCCCAUCUUUUCAAAGAGGAACACACAGGGAGCUGUCUGGAAACAGGCACUGGUUGACCUCAACUCAGGUGUCAAUUUCCAGGUGGUUAUAGAAGGUGUAGUUGGAGGUGGUUAUCGUGGUGAUAUCGCCAUUGACGACGUCAGCAUGAACAGUGGAUCCUGUCAGUCAACUGGUAACAGCAGUGUGGCGUGUGACUUCGAGGAUGCCCAACUGUGCGCCUACAUUCAGGACAAGACAGAGCAAUUUGAUUGGUCGCGCACCUCUGGAUCCACUGGUACCACCAGCACAGGGCCAACAAAUGACCACACAUAUGGAACUAAUGUUGGCCACUACAUGUACAUCGAGGCAUCAGCUCCUCGCCGCCAGGGUGACAUUGCGCGACUCCUAUCCCCAGUGUACACGGGACCAGCAGUUGGAUGUCUCGAGUUCUGGUACAGCAUGUAUGGAGUGAACACAGGAACCCUGAAUGUGUACCUCCGCUAUAAUAAUGCUAACGGCCAGCCUGUAUUCACACGACAAGGUAACCAGGGAACACCCAACUGGAUACGGGCUCAGGUGCCAUUGUCACAGCCGAAUGUGGUCGUCGUGUUUGAGGGCAUUCGGGGCACAUCGUACAAAGGAGACAUCGCCAUUGAUGACGUCACUGUGAAGGCGGGAAGUUGUGGCGGAACUAGAGGUGGCUGUACCUUUGAGCUUGACACAUGUAGCUGGACGAACACACGAAAUGACACAUUUGACUGGCAGCGGGGCAGUGGUACCACAUCAACCACAGGCACUGGACCGUCAGGAGAUCACACAUAUAGAAACCAAACAGGACACUACAUGUUCAUUGAGUCUUCAUCCCCACGACGACCCGGCGAUAAUGCCAUAUUUCAGAGUGCUACUCUGGUUGGCAAUGGUCAGCCACAGUGUAUUCAGUUUUACUUCAACAUGUAUGGUCAAAACAUCGGUACCCUGCGUGUCUGGGCCCAGCCCCUCAAUGGGGCUGCUGUAAAGCUCUGGGAGUUAACAGGGAACCAAGGAGUCCAGUGGAGUAAGGGGGCUGUUAGCUUCACCCAGAAUGCCCAGUACCAGAUUCUGCUAGAGGCAGUAAGAGGAAAUGGCUACCGUGGUGAUAUGGCUGUCGAUGAUAUCUCAUUUUCCACUCAGUCAUGCCCACUGACUCCGGCCAGUGCCAACCCAAGCCUCUCCGUGACCGCACCCACCGUCACAACCACCCUUCCUCCUGCAACCAUACCCACAGGAUUCACAUGCAACUUUGACACAAACACAUGCGCAUGGACACAGGACAGGACUGACCAGUUUGACUGGAAGAGGCAAAGAGGACGCACAGGGACAUCUGGAACAGGGCCCACCAAUGAUCAUAGCGGAGGUGGCUACUACAUGUACAUCGAGACAUCUGCGCCCAGACGGCCAGGUGAUUUGGCUCGUCUAAUCAGCCCAAAGAUCAAUGGGGCCUCAGCCAUGUGUAUGAAGUUCUGGUACCACAUGUAUGGGCCUCAUGUAAAGGCCCUGAAUGUAUACUUGUCCCAGAAUGGCAGUCUUGGAACAGCAGUGUGGACCAGGAAUGGGAACCAGGCAAAUGCAUGGAAACAGGGAACUGUACAGAUAUCAGGAGGAAGUGCCACCUCACAGGUCACAAAUGUUGUGUUUGAGGGUGUGAGAGGCACUAGUUACCUAGGAGACAUUGCCCUUGACGACAUUACCCUCACUGCCGGCCAGUGCAACACAGGUGGCACCACAGGAACGGGAGGAUCAUCUCCAGCUGACUGCACGUUUGCCCAAACGUCCAUUUGUGGGUAUAUCCAGGACCAGAAUGACAACUUUGAUUGGACACGGAUGAGUGGCAGCACGUCAAGCUCCGGGACUGGGCCCAAGAGUGACCACACAACAGGCACUUCUGCAGGCUACUACAUGUACAUCGAGGCCUCAGGUAUUCGACGCACAGGUGACAUUGCGCGCCUUUGGACCCCGUCCCUGACUCAGACCAAUGGGCAAUGUAUCUCCUUCUGGUACCACAUGUAUGGCACCACAAUGGGCACUCUCAAUGUGUAUGCAGUUCAAAACUCCACCAACCCAACCCUUGGCUCACCACUAUGGAAACGUUCUGGUACAGCUGGGAACCAGUGGAUCCAACAAUACGUCAACUUGCCCGCCCUCAGCAACUACAAUGUUGUGUUUGAGGCAGUGAGAGGUCGAGGCAUCUCUUCCGAUAUCGCCAUUGACGACGUGAAGAUGCAAGCCAGCUGUCCUCCACCAGGGGACUGCACGUUUGAGAGUGGAGCAUGUGGCUGGGCCAACUCAAAGUCAGAUGAUGAUGACUGGGUUCUCUUACGGGGCAACUACACAGGUUCACGAACACAUCCAACAGGCGACCACACCUUUGGUCUUAAACAGGGCACUUACCUUUACAUUGGUGACGGGAGUGUGUACCGGCCAGGUGCAAAGGCGGACUUACUUUCUCCCUCAAUGGUGCCAACAAGCUCAAGUGGUGUUUGUUUCAAGUUCUGGGUCAUGAUAACAUCAGGCAUGGGAAGCCUUACUGCAUUUGUCAGACAGAACUCUACCAGCACCCGUGUGUGGUCCCUGUCUAACCAGCCAUCCGGUGUUGCUGCUGGACAAUGGGCCCAGGGACAGUUCGGCAUCGUGAGCGGAGUCAACUACCAGGUCAUGUUUGAGUUCUCCCGCACUGCAUCAACCAGAGGAUUCAACGUCCUUGAUGAUGUCAGCUUUGUUAACGGCCAGUGCCAGACCCAGCCAGCUGAAGCGAUGACAGGCAGCGCAUUCACAACAGCCACCCCUGGCUCCACCAUACCAUCAGCAACCUCAGCUCCAAGCCAGUAUGACUGUAACUUUGAGAGUGGAUUCUGCACAUGGACUCAGGCCCGUGAUGACCAAUUUGACUGGACACGCACACAUGGGGGCACUAACUCGGGGCUCACCGGACCCUCCAGUGAUCACACACUCGGAAAUAGUCAAGGAUAUUAUGUUUUCAUCGAGGCCUCAAGCCCCCGUCAGGUUAAUGACACCGCCCGAUUGGUGAGCGCCUCUGUUACCGUGACAACAGCCAAGUGCCUGCACUUCUGGUAUCACAUGUAUGGUACCCAUGUGAACACACUGAAUGUGUACAAGAAAAUGGGCACCAACUAUGGGACACCAGUGUGGUCUAGAACUGGAACCAGAGAUAACAAGUGGUACAACGCCAAUGUUGAUAUUUCCGGCAGCAGCAGUUACAACUUGGUGUUUGAGGGUGUGCGAGGCACGAGCUACCGUGGAGAUAUUGGUCUCGAUGACAUCACCUUCACAGAUGGUGCUUGUACAGGUUCCUCAGUGUCAGGGUCACUCUGCACAUUUGAGGAGGCAACUCUUUGUGGAAUCAUCCAAGACAAAACUGAUGACUUUGACUGGACACGCAAAUCUGGGCCCACGUCUUCCUCUAUGACUGGACCGCCUAAUGACCACACGCUGGGAACCAGACAGGGAUCCUACAUGUACAUUGAGGCCUCUUCCCCACGAACCACAGGACAGAAGGCCCGAUUUUUCAGUACUCCCAACCCAGCAACAAACGGAGCCUGCGUCUCAUUUUUCUACCAUAUGUAUGGACGUCAGAUGGGCACACUGAAUGUGUAUGCCAAAGUGGGUGGGGCACUCGGUGCCCCAAUCCUGACCACCUCUGGUAACCAUGGCAACAAGUGGCUCCAGGCGCAGGUCACAGUCAGUUCAGCAUCCAGCUGGCAGUUGGCAUUUGAAGGUAUCCGAGGCAACGGUGUCCAGAGUGACAUUGCUGUAGAUGACUUGUCCAUCAAAGAUGGUGCGUGCGGUGGGGCAGGGGGAGCGUGUAAUUUCGAGAAGGACACUUGCACAUGGACCAACACCCAAAUGGGAGACAACUUUGACUGGCUGCGUAAGGCAGGUUCCACCACCACUACCUCCACAGGACCACAGGGCGACCACACCAUUGGCACAUUCCUUGGCCACUACAUGUACAUUGAGACGUCCGCCCCGCGAGUGCAGGGAGACAAGGCGUGGCUGCUCAGUCAGACGUUCAAUCCAUCCACAACCACACAGUGCUUCAGGUUCUUCUACCACAUGUAUGGACGCAGUGUCGGUACACUAAAUGUGUACUUGAACACAACAACGAAUUCUCCCCAGCUUCUGUGGAGCCAGAGUGGAAACAAGGGAAACAACUGGCUUCAGGGCCAGUUCCCUUUAACAAGAGUGUCCUCCCUUUUUACCAUCUACUUUGAGGGCAUCAGGGGAUCCUCCUUCACCGGGGAUAUUGCCAUAGAUGACAUCUCCCUCAUCAACACCCCUUGUGGAUUUCAGCCACCAAGUGCCAACUCCUCCUUGGUUACCACAGCCUCACCUCAGGCCUCCACUACACAACCACCAUUUGUUUCCCAGUCGCAGUAUGACUGCAGUUUUGAGAGCAGUAUGUGCAGCUGGACCCAGGACAUGACAGACAACUUCAACUGGACACGAGCCCAGGGACCCACAGGCACCAUGCUCACUGGUCCUAUUACCGACCACACCAAAGGCACUAACAUGGGGUGGUACAUGUACGUGGAGACGUCUUCCCCUCGCAAGCCCAAUGACAAGGCUCGACUGCUCUCAGCCAGCGUUCCCAGUCAGACACCCUUCUGUUUACAGUUCUGGUACCACAUGUAUGGACCCAAUGUCAACGCACUGAACGUCUACCAAAAGGUUGGUUCUAACCUAGGCUCAGCUGUAUGGACAAAGUCAGGUACUCAGGGUAACCUAUGGCAACAAGGGCAAGCCACUCUAGUCAGCAAAACAUCCACCUACAACAUUGCCUUUGAAGGAAUUGUUGGGCCUGGUUACCGUGGAGAUAUUGGGCUCGAUGACAUCAAACUGAUUACUGGGGCUUGUCCCAGUGGUGGUGGCAUUGCAUGUACGUUUGACAAUGGCCUAUGUGGUUGGCAGCAGAGUCGGGCAGACACGUUUGAUUGGCUGCAGAGAAAGGGCAGUACAGGUAGCGCUGGCACAGGACCAACCAACGACCACACCACCAACACCCGUGCUGGAACCUACAUGUACAUAGAGUCCAGUUCACCACGACGACCUGGAGACAAAGCUUGGCUUGUCAGCUCCUAUGCUACCACAACGGCUCCGCAGUGUCUCUCAUUCUACUACAGCAUGUAUGGCGUCCAUAUUGGUUCCCUCAAUGUGUAUGUGAUGACAGGAACUGCCUUGCCCUCUGCCCCUGUAUUCUCCAAGUCUGGUAACCAAGGCAACCAGUGGUUCAUGGGCCAGGCCACUCUACAAUCCACACAGAAGUACAGGGUGGUGUUUGAGGGAGUGAUAGGCAGUGGGUACAGAGGAGACAUCGCCAUUGACGAUGUGUCAAUCUCACCAGGAGCCUGCGCUCUACCAGGAAAUUGUGACUUUGAGAAGGGCCUUUGCACGUGGACAAAUCCAGGGUUAAUAGAUGAUUUUGAUUGGCUCGUGGGCCAAGGCAACACCCAAUCAUCACUGACCGGUCCUGCCAGUGACCACACCCUCGGAAAUAGCAGUGGUCACUAUGUAUUUAUUGAGUCAUCUGCCCCCCGAAGUCCAGGAGACCGGGCCGACCUGCGCAGUAUCAGGUUUGACACAACUGGACCCCGCUGUGUAAACUUCUGGGCUAACAUGCAUGGCUCCAACAUCGGCACCCUGCGUGUGAUGGUGGUGCCGGUCAACAGCAGCACCGGCAACAAUGUCACCAUCUGGGAGCUAGGACAACAAGACAAGGGACAGGCUUGGUUCCCGGCAACAGCACCUUUCACCAGCAGCGUCCCCCACUAUGUUGUGUUUGAAGCUGUGCGAGGCAAUGGUUACAAGGGAGACAUAGCGCUGGAUGACAUAUCGUUUACCAAUGCGCAGUGUUCCGUGCAGCCCCCCGAGGCCGCCACUGUUGCCCAGAUAUCUACAGUAUUUCCCCCUUCCACCAUAACAACCCCACCCACUGUGGCUCCAUCUCUGCUGGACUGCACAUUUGAGAGGGACUUCUGCCGGUGGAGCCAGGGUAUCAGAGACAAAUUUGACUGGACGCGUGCAAGUGGGCCUACAUCCUCUGGAGGCACAGGACCAGCCGUUGACCACACCCUCGGCACAGCCCAGGGCCACUAUGCAUUUAUUGAGACAUCAUCACCGCGCCGACCUAACGACACCGCAUGGCUGCAGAGCCCACUGGUCCCGCCUCGGGCUAAUGCGCAAUGUAUCCGCUUCUGGUAUCACAUGUACGGGCCCGAUGUAAACACACUGAACGUGUACACAAUGAUCAACAACCAGCUUGGGACACCCGCCUGGUCUCACACAGGGACCAUCAACAACCAGUGGCAUUUCCAGGCUGUUGACAUCACCACCACAGGCGGCACAUCAUUCAAGAUUGUGUUUGAGGGAGUGCGAGGCAUAAACUACCGUGGAGAUAUUGCCCUGGAUGACAUCACAUUCUCCACCCAACCAUGUCAACAAACUUCGAUUAACAAGUGUGAUUUUGAGCAAGGCUUGUGUGGGUGGAGUCAGGUGAAGACAGACACAUUUGAUUGGACAUUAUCCACCAGGACCACCGCCUCUUCUGGCACUGGGCCAACCAAUGACCACACAUAUGGCACAACCAGAGGCCAUUAUAUGUAUAUUGAGGCAAGUGCACCUCGUCACCCUGGUGACACCGCCCAGCUGAUGACCACUCGCUACUCCCUUGCCCAGGGAGCGUGUCUCUCCUUCUGGUACAACAUGUACGGGGCCACCAUGGGAACCAUGAACGUGAUAAUGAAUAAUGGCGCAUCCACCAAUAAAUUGUGGACCAAGUCAGGGAACCAGGGAACAGGCUGGAAACUUGCCCAGGUGGCCGUACCUGGAUCUGCUAACUUCACACUCACAUUUGAGGGCAUUACCGGACGAGGGUAUACUAGUGACAUGGCCAUUGAUGACGUGUCAGUUGGAACUGGGACAUGCACACUGCCAGGCAACUGCAAUUUUGAUGAUGGUACAAUGUGCAGCUGGAAGAACAUGCGCAAUGACAACUUUGAUUGGCUAAUAGGCAGUGGGAAAACGUCCAGUGCGUUUACUGGACCUUCCGCUGACCACACUCAAGGAACCGUUACUUCUACAUCUGGGAAGUUCCUUUUUAUUGAGACAAGUGCCCCUCGUGUGGCUGGCGACGUUGCCAGGAUCACAAGCCAGCAGUUCCCUGCCACACAGGGCUCAUGUAUAAACUUCUGGUUCCACAUGUAUGGCUCCAGUGUCGGCUCACUCAACGUUUACAUGGUAACUGGCGGCAACAACAAAACAAUCUGGUCCGUCAGUGGAGACCAUCAGGACAACUGGCUAAACGGACAGGCUGGCAUAGUCUCUAACACUCCAUUCACUGUAGUAAUUGAGGGGGUACGAGGAUCCAGUUACCGUGGAGACAUCGCCAUUGACGAUAUAACCUUUACACAGUCAAACUGCGGAGUUCAGCCGACAGAGGCAUCCCCGUCUGGAAUGCAGACGACACAGACAACAGGAAUCCCCACAACAGCACCUAACCCAGGCAUCACACCAUCACCAACACCUUAUGACUGCAACUUUGAGCAAGGCCUCUGUAAAUGGGGCCAGUCCCCUGAUGAUAACUUUGACUGGAUCAGAGCCCAGGGACCCACGGGCACUACCACCACCGGGCCUACGUAUGACCACACCUAUGGAAAUGCUACUGGCUGGUACGUCUACAUUGAGAGUUCUGCUCCACGACGUCCAAAUGACACCGCCUUACUCCAGAGCCCAGUGAUCAGUGACACCCAGACACGCUGUCUCUCAUUCUGGUACCACAUGUAUGGCACACACAUCAACACCCUUCUUGUUUACCAGAAAUAUGGGGGCGGCAACCCUGGACUUGGCAACAAUAUCUGGCAGAAAGUUGGUAACCAGGGGAACAAGUGGAUACAGGCUCAGAUCACACUCCAAGCCCAAAAUGGAGGAUAUAAGAUUGUCUUCCAAGCUCUGCGUGGACUCAGUUUCCGAGGAGAUAUCGCCAUUGAUGACAUCAGGGUUUCUGUCGGAGCAUGCCAGCAGACAAACAACCCAACAGUAUGUGACUUUGAGCAGACAAACAUUUGUGGGUACACUCAGGACACCACAGACACACCUGGGUUUGACUGGUCCCGUGGAACGGGCUCCACAGGUUCUACCUCCACUGGACCCAGCAUGGACCACACAACCAACACCCGCACGGGACACUACAUGUACAUAGAGACAUCAGCUCCCAGACGGCCCAAAGAUACAGCCAGGCUUCUCAGUCCAGCGUACCAGGGGUCUGGAGCCCAGUGUCUGUCAUUCUGGACGCACAUGUACGGAGCAGACAUUAACACACUGAACGUCUACAUGACCCCUGCAGGCCAGACAGCUACCAACAGGGGUAGCCCCAUAUUGACACGCUCCUUCAACCAGGGAAAUCUUUGGAAACAGUCCAAGGUCACCAUCAACCCAACAGGAAACUACCAGCUUGUAUUUGAAGGAAUACGAGGUACGAGUUACCAUGGUGACAUAGCCAUUGAUGACAUCCAGGUGGUUCCCGGCUCAUGCACAGGGGGUGGGGGAGUGUGUGACUUUGAGCGGGAUACAUGUGACUGGACCAACACACAGACAGGAGAUAACUUUGAUUGGCUCAGGACCAGGGGAAAGACCAACAGUCAAUUCACUGGACCCAGCAAUGAUCAUACCAAGGGCACAACACUAGGCUACUACAUGUUCAUAGAGACCAGUUCACCUCGUGUAUUGGGCGACAAAGCACGCCUUUUCAGCCAGACAUACCCACCAGUAAGCACAGGAAAGUGUUUCUCAUUCUAUUACCACAUGUUUGGCUCCGAUAUUGGCUCUCUGAACGUGUACCUGCUCCUGAACCAGUCCUCUGACACAUUCUCGACAGAGGUGAAGCGCUGGUCCCUUUCAGGAGCGUGGGGAAACAGCUGGGCUCUAGGACAGUUUAACAUCUCCACACAGUAUACAGCUAACCCAUACCAGAUCAUCAUUGAGGGUAUCCGAGGAAAUGGUUACCAUGGUGAUAUUGCCAUUGACGACACAUCUCUUGUUGACGGUGACUGUGCUCAAGUUCCAGACGGCUCACAGACUAACUCCGGAUACCAGAGCUCAACAGUGUCAUGCAACUUUGAUCAAGACCUUUGCCAGUGGAACCAAAGCAAGACUGAUUCAUUUGACUGGACCCGCCAAUCAGGCUCCACCUCCAGCCAAGGUACGGGACCCAUGGGUGACCACACAAGUACCUCUGGACAGGGUGCUGGGCAGACCGCAGGCUCCUACAUUUACAUUGAGGCCUCAGGCGCUCAUCGCCGUGGUGACAAGGCAGACCUCCUCACACCCAUCCAGUCGGCAACAUCAGCACAGGGUGCAUGUUUCUCGUUCUGGUACCACAUGUAUGGGAACUCUAUCGGCAAUCUCAGUGUAUACACGAUCUCUAAUGGGGCCUCCAUCAAACAAUGGACAAAGUCAGGCACUCAGGGCAACAAGUGGCAGCAAGGCAGCUUCAACCUGGUCAGUCUCACUGACUACAAGAUAAUGCUGGAGGGCACCACCAUCGGGGGUUACCAAGGAGAUAUAGCCAUUGACGACAUCAACCUUGACACAGUACCAUGCAAUGGAUCUACCACCGUGACACCAAGCAAGACUUGCACAUUUGAGAAUGGGCUGUGUGGAUGGACCCAGGACAAGACGGACACAUUUGAUUGGACGAGAAACACUCAACGAACAACAACUUCAGGCACUGGACCAACAUCUGACCACACCUAUGGUACCUCGCAAGGUCACUACCUGUACAUUGAGGCAUCAGCUCCCCGUCAGUCAGGCGACAAGGCCCGCGUCAUCACGCCCCAGUACCCAGCCACCUCCGGGGACUGCGUCCAGUUCUACUACCACAUGUAUGGAGCUUCCAUGGGCACAUUGAACCUCUACACAAUGACCAAUGGUCAGCGAGGCAGUCCUGUGUGGACUAUGUCUGGUAACAAGGGCAACAAGUGGAUCAUGGCCAAGGUCUCCAUCCAGAGCAGCACAUCAUACCAGUUGGUAUUUGAAGGCAUUCGAGGAACAUCCUUCACCAGUGACAUUGCCAUUGAUGACUUCAUGGUCACAUUGGGCUCGUGUUCAGCAGCAGGAUCAUGUGACUUUGAGAAAGGACUGUGCGGCUACACAAACGUGGGUGGGGACAACUUUGACUGGACCCGUGACAAAGGAGGCACCCCGUCCUCACUGACCGGUCCACGCAAUGACCACACCACAAACUCUCCUGCUGGCUACUACAUGUUUAUUGAGACUAGUGCCCCCAGGGUGAUGGGUGACAAGGCAUGGCUGAGAAGUGACCCCCUUCCUCCAACCACAGGCUCGUGUCUCUCCUUCUGGUACAACAUGUAUGGCAGAGGCGUGGGUCAGCUGAACGUGUAUCUAAACUCCAGCAACACAGGUAACCUUGUCACCCUGUUCAACACAACUGGGAACAAGGGUGACCGAUGGAUCCUUGGCCAGGCUGACAUCACAUACCGCUCCACAUACUUCCUUGUCUUCGAGGGCACGCGGGGAAACACCUAUAAUGGGGACAUGGCCAUUGACGACAUUAGCGUCAACUCCGGAUCCUGUGCAGGACAGGCUGUUACCAUGACAACCACCAAUGCUCCUCUCACCACUGCCACACCAGUGACCCAGUGUACAUUUGAGAGUGGUUUCUGUGGCUGGAACCAGGACCAGACUGACCAGUUUGACUGGACGAGGAUGAAGGGCUCUACAUCCAGCAGCACCACAGGCCCACACUUUGACCACACCACACAGAGCUCUACAGGUUAUUACAUUUACAUCGAAACAUCCCAACACCAGCCAAAUGAUAUCGCUCGGAUCAUCAGCCCAUUAGUUACAACAAACGGUCCUGCCUGUGUCCUCUUCUGGUACCAUAUGUAUGGUUCCGAUGUAAACCGCCUUUCCGUGUACAACAGACAAGGAUCGACUCUUGGUCGGGCUCUCUGGACCAGGUCAGGAAGCAAGGGCGAUGUCUGGCACUCGGCCCAAAUUGAGAUUAAUCGUCUCCUUAACAACCAAAUCGUGUUUGAAGCACUCAAGGGCAAGGGUUACCAAGGAGACAUUGCUCUUGAUGACAUCACCAUCACAAAUGGUGCCUGCCCACCUCCAACUAUAUGUGACUUUGAGGACCAGACUAUCUGUGGGUAUCAGCAGGCAGUAAACGACAACUUUGACUGGACGUGGAAGGCCGGAAGCACUGGAACCUCAAACACCGGUCCUACUGCAGACCACACCUAUGGCACUAAUGCAGGUCACUACAUGUACAUUGAGACAUCUGCCCCGAGGAAACAGGGAGACAAGGCUCGCCUGGUGAGCAAGACAUACCCAACUUCCAACAACAUGUGCCUGGCGUUCUACUACCACAUGUAUGGCACAAACAUCGGCACCCUUAAUGUUUACACCAGCUCUUAUGGCAACCUCGGCCAGGCUGUCUGGAACCUCUAUGGUAACCAAGGCAACCAGUGGCGCAAGGCCCAGGUCACAGUUCAAACUGCUACACCGUACAAGGUUGUGUUUGAAGGAAUCCGAGGAUAUGGUUACCUAGGUGACAUAGCAAUAGACGAUGUCAGCCUCACCACUGGCGCUUGCCCAGGGGUUGGAACAUGUGACUUUGAAACUGACCUGUGUGGGUGGAUUGAGCGUACAAAUGACACAUUUGAUUGGAUCAGGAAGAGUGGAGGCACACCCUCAUCCAACACAGGUCCUAGUGUGGACCACACCCUCGGCACAACUGCAGGCAACUUCCUGUAUAUCGAGACGAGCAAUCCCCGAAAGCAGGGUGACACUGCAUCAAUCCAAUCCCAGGAGGUUCCCAUCAACCAAGCAUAUUGCUUCACAUUCUGGUACUUUAUGCAUGGAACGAGUGUCGGCUCCCUCAACGUGAGCUACGAGAUGCAGAACACGCCUGGGCAGACCAAACUCUGGGGGCUUAGUGGUGAGCAAGGGAGUGUGUGGAAACAGGCUACUGUCGACAUUGCCAACACACCAGCAACCUUCCAUAUUGUGGUUACGGCCAGUGUGGGAAGUAGUUACCUUGGUGACAUUGCCGUUGAUGACUUCAAACUUAGCCAGUACCCAUGUAAACUUGUGAACUUCAACAACAAGACCAUAGAUUGUGGGGACAGUGCCCAUACGAAGAUUAAUGCCAGUCAGCAGUGUGACUUUAAAUCAGACUGUCCCAAUGACAUGGAUGAAAUGAACUGUGGAAAUUGUGAGUUUGAACAGGGCCCCUGUGGGUGGGCAGACAUCAGUUCAGGCUCCCAGCAGUGGCUUGUGGGCUCCAACGGAUCCACCACAGCAAACAUGGGGAAGGGACCGAACUUUGACCACACCCUUGGUACCACAAGAGGUCACUACCUGUUUGUUGAUGGAUCCUUGGGAACGUUUGGGACUAUUGCCCAGGUGGUCGGCCCUACUCUACAGGCCUGUAGCUCCUCGUGUCAGAUCCAGUUCUACUACCAUAUGCUUGGCAGAGGUAUAGGUUACCUGAAGGUGGCAGUGCGUGUGAACAUGAAGGACACGGUCAUCUGGGAACAACAUUCCUCCCCUGGCAACCGCUGGACCCUAGCAACAAUUGACAUUGGCAGGAUCAACCAACCUUUCCAGCUGCUCUUCCAAGGGCAUCGUUCAUUCAGUGUGACAGGCGACAUUGCCAUCGACGAUACUCAGCUCAUCAACUGCAACUUUCCAAGUGUUCAGCCAGGCGGAUGUUCAAACUCCCAGUUCCAGUGUGGUCGUGGGGCAUGCGUGCCCCUGCCCAGUGUCUGUGACUUCACUGAUGACUGCGGGGAUAAUACUGAUGAACUCAAGUGCUCUGCCUACCAUGGCCGGUGUGAUUUUGAGAGUAGCCUUUGUGACUGGAGCCAGGAUUCAACUGACCAAUUUGACUGGACACGGGGUUCAGACAAGACUGUAUCCGCGGGAACUGGACCAUCCAGGGACCACACCACCGGUACCGCCUCAGGUCACUACAUGUACAUUGAGACGUCUAAUCCUAGAAAGCGUGGAGACAGAGCCCGACUACUAAGUCCAUCCUUCCAGGCCGUGUCCACUGCUAGUGGCAAACAGUGUGUGCUUCGAAUGUUCUACCACAUGUUUGGCCCAACUAUUGGUUCCCUGAAUGUGUACACCCGCAACUCAGCUGGGGGCCAGCUCAAGCAGAUCUGGCAGAGAUCGGGAAAUGUUGGGGACUACUUUGAGAGGGUGGACAUACAGAUAUUUGAACAACAGCCAUUCCAGGUUGUGAUUGAAGGCGUUGUAGGAAAUGGUUACCAAGGAGAUAUUGCCAUAGACGACCUGUCCAUGACACCAGGGUGUAUUCCAUCUACACAGCCCCUUCCCACUGGGACACCAGUUUUGACUACUGCUAACCCGUGUGGUAUGGGCUAUUUUGUGUGUAAGGUGGGCGGUUGUGUUCCCACCAGCAAAUUGUGUGACUUUAACCCAGACUGCUCUGACGGCUCAGAUGAGACAAACUGUGGCACAUGCAACUUUGAGAAUGGGACAUGCGGAUGGAAUGAUGUGAGUUCUGGCCGCUACAACUACCACAUCUUCCAGGGCUCCUCCCCAGGAACCGGGGGACCCAAGACUGACCACACACUCUCCACUGCUGCAGGUCACUACCUGCUGGUUGAGGGCUCUUCAGGCCAGUUCUACUCCCGGGCCCACAUUGAGACCCCCAUCCUUGGCUCCACCGGCCCCUCAUGCCAGAUGCAAUUCUACUACCACAUGUACGGUAUCAACGCAGGCAACAUGCGAGUGUUGGUGCAGAAUGCAAAUGUGUCCACGGACAAGACCUAUAUCUGGAGUAUGACUGGUAACCAGGGUAAUGGAUGGCACCAGGCCACUGUUGACAUAGGCCAGCUGAGGGCAGGAUAUAAGAUUCAGUUUGAGGCCCUACCAACCCGCUCCAUCCUAACUGGUGUCCCUAACUCCGACAUGGCCAUUGAUGAUGUGACCUUCAUUAACUGCAACAGGUUCUCUGUUGACACAAACUCAACUGUAAACUGCACAUUCGAGUCUGGCUUCUGCAAUUUCCGACAAGUAACAACUGAUGACUUUGACUGGACUCGCACAAAUAUUUCUUCACCAACUGUCGGCACAGGGCCGGACAGGGACCAUACCACAGGAUCUGGCUACUAUGUGUACAUGGAGACAUCAUCUCCACGACAUCAAGGUGAGCGAGCCGUCCUGUCCACCGGUAUCCAGCAGCCAACUGGUUCCCAGCAGUGUCUCUCCUUCUGGUACCACAUGUUUGGGUCACAUGUCAACACACUAAAUGUCUACACCAGACAACAAGGAGGUAACCAGACAAUGAUCUGGUCAAGGUCAAGGACACAAGGUAAUAUCUGGCGUCUGGCCCAGCGGACCAUCAACCCCGCAGCUCAGUAUGAGAUCCUGUUUGAGGGAAUUGUGGGAUACAGUUGGCAGGGUGAUAUCGCCCUUGAUGACAUCUCGCUCACCAACCAGGCCUGCCCACCUCCAACAACAUGUGACUUUGAGGCUGACACAUGCAGCUGGGUUCAAGACCAGAGUGACCAGUUUGACUGGCAGCGACAACGUAACGGUACCCAGUCCAGUAACACCGGACCAUCUGUGGACCACACUACAGCCAGCCAGUAUGGCUACUACUUGUACAUUGAGGCAUCAGCUCCCCGUCGUCAAGGCGACUUGGCACGUAUCACUACACCAACAUUCCAGAACAGCCCGCCAGCCAAGGGCACAUUCUGCCUCUCAUUCUGGUACCACAUGUAUGGUGCAAACAUUGGCUCGCUUAACGUGUUCCUCAACGAUAAUGGCAACAAGAACCAGGUGUUCACUCGCACAGGAAACCAGGUCAACUUCUGGCUCUACAGGGCCAUAACACUCCGACCAGUGGCUCCACAGUUCAGUGUGGCAUUUGAAGGAACCAUUGGCAAUGGUUACCAAGGAGACAUUGCCAUUGACGAUGUGAAAGUCUUACCUGGUCAGUGCCCAACACCUGGCAACUGUGACUUUGAGCAGGACACUUGUGGUUGGACAAAUACAAAUGCUGACAAUUUUGAUUGGCUACGCAGCGCUGGGUCAACUCUGACCUCUGGCACAGGGCCAACUGUCGACCACACUACAAACUCUGAUGCCGGUUUCUACAUGUUUGUGUCUGCAUUGGGCCGUAAUGCGGGUCAGCGAGCAUGGAUCUACAGUCAAUACUUUCCUCCAACAACAGCCACAUGCAUGUCCUUCUGGUACUUCAUGUAUGGACAGAAUGUGGGCACACUGCGUCUGUACCAGCCAACAGCAAAGAACUCAUCACUUCUGUGGCAGGUGUCUGGUAACCAAGGUAACAGUUGGAGAAACCAGCAGGUCACCAUCAACAGCACAACGAACUGGCAGGUGACAUUUGACGGAGAUAUUGGAAGUGGUAUCCAGGGAGACAUCGCCAUUGACGAUGUGAUAUUCACCCCAGGACAGUGCACGGGCGUUGUCCCAACCUUCUCCUCGAUCCAAUACAGUACACAGGCAACUGUAACCUACCCUCCAUCCCAGUAUGACUGUAACUUUGAGUCAACCAGCCAGCCAACAUGUACAUGGAGUCAGGACACAACUGACCAGUUCAACUGGACCCCGAAACAAGGCACCACAGGAUCCCUCAACACUGGCCCUACUUCUGACCAUACUCUCCAAAACAAUAAUGGUCACUACAUCUACAUUGAGGCGUCUGGUCGCCGACCCAAUGAUACGGCCAGGAUUCUCAGCCAGUCUGUUUCACUGACAACUGGGGGCAAAUGUCUCAAAUUCUGGUACCAUAUGUAUGGCUCAGACAUCUACAAGCUCAACAUCUACGCCAAACAAGGUUCGGCUCUUGGCAGCAUUCUGUGGAGCAAGGUUGGAACCCAGGGCAACAAGUGGAAGUUUGCCAACGUCUACAUCACACCCCAGACACUCACACCGGCUGCAAGUGGACCUGUCAAUGUCAAUUUUGUGAUAGAGGGUGUUGUUGGGAAGAGUUACCAUGGAGACAUUGCCAUUGACGAUGUGACAGUGAAUGAUGGACCAUGCCCACCUACAGAUGACUGUGACUUUGAGAACCCAACCAUCUGUGGAUACACCCAGGACCAGACGGACACUUUUGAUUGGACAAGAACAUUUGGCUCUACUGUCAGUCAGAACACAGGACCUCCAUCAGACCAUACAUAUGGAACAAAGAAUGGCUACUACAUGUACAUUGAGACCUCUUCCCCAAGACGUACAGGAGACAAAGCUCGGCUUAUAAGCCCUGUUUACCCGCCAACAUCAGGCCGCUGCUUGACAUUCUUCUACCACAUGCACGGACGGGGUAUCGGUACAUUGAAUGUGUACAAGAGGCAACAGAGUCGGCUGGGCCCAGCAGUGUGGACCACCUCGGGGGAGAAGGGAACCCAAUGGAUACCUGCCCAACUCACACUCAACAGCAAUGUACCGUUCCAGAUGGUGUUUGAAGGUGUGAAGGGAACCUCAGUGACAGGGGACAUUGCCAUUGAUGACAUUGCCAUCAAGGACGGAGCCUGCCAGCCUGCAGGCUCAUGCAAUUUUGAGACAGACUUUUGCACAUGGAGCAAUGACCACACCACUGAUGACUUUGACUUUGUACGCUUCAAGGGUGCAACAAGCAGUGGAUCUACUGGACCAACCGCUGACCACACCACUUCAACCAAUGCUGGCUAUUAUAUCUACAUUGAGGCCUCCAACCCAAGGAAGCCGUCUGAUAAAGCCCGUCUUCGCUCCAUGGUGUUUGACAAGACUUCAGCGAGCUGCUUCAGCUUUUGGUACAACAUGUAUGGCAGGAACAUCGGCAACCUCAAUGUUUAUGUCCAAAACCUUGGCAACACUAUGACAAUUCCCAACAAGGUGUUCACCCUCACUGGAAACCAGGAUAAGGGAUGGAAGUAUGGCUCUGUGAACAUCGGAUCAUCUUCACCUUUUGUAAUUAUCGUUGAAGGCACCAUUGGUAGUGGUUACGCGGGUGACCUUGCUCUUGAUGACCUCGCCAUGUCUGCCGGGGCUUGCACCCAGUCGACUGUGACACCACCUCUAUUCUACUGUGGAGACACCAACAAUCAGUCUCUUUCUCAGAACAAAGUGUGUGACUUUGUCUCGCAGUGCCCAAAUGGAGCUGAUGAGCAAUAUUGUGGGUCUUGUAACUUUGACUCAAACAUGGAUGGAAUCUGUGGCAACUAUGACGUAAGCACAGGCUCAUUCCGCUGGCAGAGAGACAACUAUGGAACACCCACCAACAAUACUGGACCAACAUUUGACCACACCACCGGAUCCAGCAGGGGCUUCUACAUGUAUGUGGAUGCCAGCAAUGGUCAGUCCAAUGCCCUGGCUACUCUCCAGACCCCAAUCCUCCAGCAGGCCUCAUCUACUUGUCAGUUCACAUUCUGGUAUCACAUGUAUGGUAGGAAUGUUGGCUCACUCUCUAUCUCCACCAAGAUUGGCAGCAUUGUGUCCCCCAUAUGGAGCAUCUCCAGUAACCAGGGCAACAUGUGGAAGCAGGCUAUUGUUGAUGUGGGUAGAAUUUCCGGACCAUUUAGUUUACUGGUACAAGCCAAAAGAAGCUACUCUGUUAUAGGAGACAUUGCAGUGGAUGACUUUAAUUUCACAAACUGUGCUCUCCCACAAGCAAACGGUCCCUGCACAUCCACUCAGUUCACAUGCCCAGGUAACAAUGUGUGUAUAGACAACAGUCGAGUAUGUGAUUACACUGAUGACUGUGGCAAUGGGAAUGAUGAAUCAAGCUCCACAUGUUCUGGAACUAGCCGAUGUGAUUUCUCCAGCUCACUCUGUUUCUGGAGUCAGGACCGAGGUGACCAGUUUGACUGGACCAGAAAGGCUGGAUCAACCACCAGCUCUGGCACGGGUCCCUCCAGAGACCAUACAACCGGCCUCAGUACAGGAUACUAUGUAUACAUUGAAACAUCUGCACCUAGGCGCUUAGGAGAUGCUGCUCGCCUUGUCAGCCCAGUGUUCCAAAGCACAACAGCUUCAUCUAAAUGCUUCUUCAAUUUCUAUUACAACAUGUAUGGAAGAACAAUUGGUUCUCUUAAUGUUUACAUCAGGACUCAAGAUCUGUCUGUUUCUCAGAUAUGGAGCAGGUCUGGAUCAAAACCCAAUGUGUGGACAAGAGGUUCAAUCAACCUUGUCUACAACCAACCCUUCGAGAUCAUAGUGGAGGGUGUAAGGGGAACCUCUGCCUAUGGAGACAUAGGCCUGGAUGACACUAGUUUCUCCAUAGGAUGCAAACGCUCCACUUCUCAGUUCCCACCAGGAUUCUCAGUUCCACCCUCUGUGGGCCCUACUGUCAGCCCCACAUGUGGGGCCGGGCAGUUCCAGUGUCCUGCAGGCAAAUGUAUCCCCACAACACAAGUCUGCAAUUUCAACGAUGACUGCUUGGAUGGCUCUGAUGAGAUCAACUGUGGACCAUGUACAUUUGAGAAUGGCACAUGUAACUGGCGGGAUAUUAGUGCUGGUAUUUACCAAUGGAGCUCAGGCAUUGCAAGUUCAACAUAUGGACCACAAACAGAUAACACAUUGAACUCUUCACAAGGCCACUACGGGUAUGUUAAGGGUUCAUCGGGAGUCUUCUUUGACAAGGCAGUGCUCUCCAGCCCACCUCUUGCUGCUUCCUCAGCUACCUGUGAAGUUCACUUCUACUACACAACAGGUCGCGCUAACAAUGCACUCUCUGUCACAUCCUAUGUCAAUGGAACAGUAACAACAUUGUGGACAAGCCAAACGGCAUCUAGAACCUGGAGACAGGGAACUGCCUACCUGGGCAGAACACUUGGAGCAAUAGGCAAGGGAUUCCAUGUAAGGUUUGAAGCCAGUAGUGGUGGUGUGACUAUUGAUGAUGUCUCCUUCUUCAACUGCAAUCCAGGAACCAAGCCUCUAAAUGUGGCAUGUAACUUUGACUCAGAUUUCUGCCAGUGGAGCAAUGCUCUGUCUGACCAGUUUGACUGGACAAGAAAGUCUGGUUCCACCGUCUCAUCUGGUACAGGGCCCACAGGUGAUCAUACUUCUGGAAGUGGAUCUUACAUUUACAUUGAGACCUCAUCCCCACGUAACCAAGGAGACAAAGCCCAACUUCUCUCCCCAACUCUCUCUCCAACAUUGGGCAAUGGAAAUUGUCUCUCCUUUUACUACAACAUGUUUGGACCAAGCAUUGGAACUCUCAACUUAUACAUGUCCACCGCCUAUAACAGAACACUUUUCUGGUCAAAGACAGGCACUCAGGGUGACCAAUGGAAAUUAGCUCAGAGAACUGUCAUAUCCAACAUUGAUUACACUCUGAUGUUUGAAGGCAUUGUGGGUAGUGGUUACCAAGGUGAUAUAGCAAUUGAUGAUGUCACAGUCAGCAAUGGGCCAUGUCCACCCGAUCUUGCAUGUGACUUCCAAACUGGCUUUUGCAAUUGGCAACAAUCACGAACUGACAAUUUUGACUGGACACGAUCUAAGAAUGGAACAUCAUCCAGAAACACAGGACCACCAUUUGACCACACAUUUGGCUCAGACUCUGGCUACUAUGCAUUUAUUGAAACAUCUGCCCCCAAACGAUCAGGUGACAGAGCUGUCCUUGUGAGCCCAACAUUUUUGAGUGCAUCACCUCAGUGCUUUUCAUUCUGGUACCAUAUGUAUGGAGCAACAAUUGGCAGACUGGUUGUACACCAGAGAAAUUUAGGUUCAUCCUCAGUCCAGGAGAUCUGGCUGAAGAGUGGAGACCAGGGUAAUAUGUGGAGGCAUGGCCGAGUGACUGUCUUGGCACAGAAUAACCUGCCCUACACUGUUGAAGUGGUCGGUUACAAGGGCAAUGGUUACACCGGAGAUAUUGCCAUUGAUGAUGUUGAGAUGAUCUCUGGAGCCUGUCCACCUGCAGGUUUCUGUGGUUUUGAACAGGACACGUGCCAGUGGAGCAAUGUGCUUACAGGAGAUGAUUUUGACUGGCAGAGAGACAAAGGAGGCACACCAAGUGCUACCACAGGACCAAGGGUUGACCAUACCCAGGGAAGCUCACAGGGAUAUUACAUGUACAUUGAGACAUCGGGAACAAACAGGAAACCUGGGGAAAAGGCCUGGCUGGCAAGUGACUACCAAGAUCCCAGACCAGCAACAUGCCUGUCAUUCUGGUACCACAUGUAUGGAGCAGGAAUUGGAUCACUCAAUGUGUACAUUCAACAAGGUUCUACCGCUGCUAAGUUGAAAAAGUGGUCUUUAAGUGGAAAUCAAGGAAACAUCUGGCAGUCUGCAAGUGUUGACAUAUCCAGCAAUACGCAGUUUACCAUUAUAUUUGAAGGAGUGAGAGGAGGCAACUAUACAGGUGAUAUAGCUAUAGACGAUGUGCAGAUUUCGUACACAAGCUGUGCAAGUGUAACAAUGAUGACCACCCAGUCCCCUGCGGUUGGUUCUUCUCCUGCCUCCUACCCUCCCUCGUCCCUCGACUGUACAUUUGAACUGGGCUUUUGCAACUGGAACCAAGACCAGACAGACACUUUCGACUGGUCAAUGCAAUCAGGAUCAACUGGCUCAGCAAGGACAGGUCCGAGUGCAGAUCACACCCUGCAGACCACAUCAGGUCACUACGUCUACAUUGAAGUAUCGCGACGACAAGCAAACAGCACAGCUCGAUUAAUCAGCUCACCACAGAGUAUUGGAAAUACUGGUCUUUGCCUCAAGUUCUGGUAUAAUAUGUAUGGAGCUCAUGUCAAUGCAUUAAAUAUAUACACACAAGUUGGAACAACUAAAACACUGCUUUGGACAAAAUUAGGCAACAAAGGUCUUGGAUGGAAAUAUUCCCAGAUAUAUAUUGUCAACCCAGGCGUCACAGCAAAUUUAAUCAUAGAAGGCUUAGCUGGAACAUCCUUUGAUGGAGACAUUGCUAUAGAUGACAUCAGCUCCAAUACGGGCCUCUGUCCCCCACAGAACACAUGUGACUUUGAGGAGGGACUGUGUGGCUACUCUCAGGACACUACAGACCAGUUUGACUGGAGUCUGCACCAGUCUUUUACCUCAACUACAGGUACUGGACCCUCAGUUGACCACACUGAGGGAACUGCUGCUGGUCACUAUAUCUUCAUAGAGUCAUCACGACCACAACUACCGGGUUACAAAGCCAGAAUUGACAGCCCUACAUUCAACCCAACCACUGGCUCGUGUCUUACAUUCUGGUACAGCAUGAAUGGUAAUACAAUUGGAACUCUCAAUGUCUACAAGAAAGUUGGGGGAAAUAUGGGCAACCCCAUCUGGAAAAUGUCAGGAAACCAGGGGAUUCAAUGGCACAAGGCUCAAGUAACUGUGUCCAGUGCCUAUGUGGGUUAUCAGGUAACAUUUGAAGGCAUUGUUGGCCCAGGAUACAAGGGUGACAUUGGCCUUGAUGAUAUUUACUUAAGUCCGGGAAAUUGCCCAUCCCCUGGAUCAUGUGACUUUGAAAAGGAUCUUUGUGGCUGGGUGAACUCUAACCAUGGUGAUGUAUUUGACUGGGAGCGGGCCCAGGGAUCUUCAACAAGUAACGGCACUGGACCCCGCACUGACCACACUCUGAAUUCAGCCUAUGGAACAUACUUGUUCAUUGAAGCUUCGUCUCCCCAGUCACAGGGUGACACUGCAUGGUUGGUGUCUCCAACUUAUGCAAAUGGAACAGAUCAAUGUAUAUCCUUUUGGUACAACAUGAAUGGGGAUGGAAUGGGAAGCCUAAACCUAAAAUACUGGCCCUACAAUGCAGGACUGAACCAAACAAGGAUCUGGCAAAUGACAGGAAACCAAGGACCCAACUGGAACCAAGCACAAGUACAAGUACUAGACCCUGGAGUUGAUUACAGAAUAGUCUUUGAAGCUGUUAGAGGACCAAAUUACCACUCAGACAUGGCUAUUGAUGAUAUUUCUCUUCAGCCUGGAAACUGCAUUAAUCAUCAGAUUACAACUAUGAACCCCUGUGUCUACCAGUGUGAUGGAAAAUGCAUCAGCAGUAUACAGAUCUGUGACUUGGUAAGAGACUGCUCAGACUGGCGAGAUGAAAAGACUUGUGGAUACAACUGCAAGUAUGAGAAUGGUACAUGCAAUUGGACAAACAGAAAUGGAACCAGCUAUGCUUUCUUCCUUGGACCAAGCUCUGUCCCCAAUUCCAACCUUGGACCUCCCAUUGACCACUCAACUCUUAGCCCCAAUGGUCAUUACAUGUACCUGAAUGCUGCUAAAGGAAACUUAUACUCUCAGGCACAAUACAUCAGCCCUCUCUUACAGAGAGCAUCAUCAACUUGUGAAAUGACCUUCUACUAUCAUAUGACUGGUACAAACAUAGGAAGUAUGACAGUAUCCAUUAAACAAGACUACCUAUUGACAAGAGUAUUUUACUUGAUUGGAGACCAGCAAAAUGUAUGGAAGAAAGGCACUGUGCGAAUUGGAAGACAAACCAAUCCAUUUAAUUUAGUAAUUUCAGCAUCAAGAUCAUUUUCAACACGAGGUGAUAUAGCAAUAGAUGACAUCAAUUUCCAAAGCUGUGGAUUCCCUUCCCCACAAUCUAGCUGCAGCGGAGACCAGUUCAGAUGUGCUUCCGGUGUCUGCAUUUCUAAAUCUCGGAUAUGUGAUUUUACAGAUGACUGCGGGGAUGGUUCUGAUGAAACAUGGUCUGGCAAACUUGUGCAGUGUAGCACUUACAAGAAAUGCAGUUUUGAAAGUGGCUUCUGUUUCUUUGAACAAGACCAGAAUGAUGACUUUGACUGGUCACGCAGGUCUGGACCAACUAUCACUGUUUUAACUGGACCAUCACGUGAUCACACUAUCAAUAAUGUCAAUGGUAACUUCUUGUACAUUGAGACCUCGUCUCCAAGGAAACCUGACCAAGCAGCCCGUCUUGUCUCACCAUUCAUGGUUGCAAGCAAUAGCUCAGACUACUGCAUUAUGAGGUUCUACUAUGAAAUGUAUGGUGCUGAAGUAAACACGCUGAUGAUCUACUACAGGACAGAGGUGAAUGGGCCACUUAACAGACUCUGGGGACGACGGGGCAACCAGGGUGACUACUUUGCCAGAUCCGAGAUUAACAUCUACAACACCAAACCAAUCCAGAUUGUAUUUGAGGCUAAAGUUGGAAAUGGUAUUCAUGGCGACAUAGCCAUAGACGAUGUUAGUUUCACUCCAUCAUGCCACUUCUAUACAGGAGCAGUCUCCACAGAUACUCUGCCUCGCACACCAACUCCCAACCCUUGCGGUAACAGCAGUAAGGUUUGUGCUAACAACAGGCAAUGUGUACCUCUAGCAGAGGUUUGCAACUUCAAAGAUUACUGCAGUGAUGGCUCUGAUGAGCUGAACUGUGGUGUUUGUGAUUUUGAGCGAGGACUUUGCGGUUGGCAGGACAUUAGUUCAGGAGAAUACCUAUGGGAGAGACAUAAUGGAUCAACACCAGCUUCCCUUAAUGGUCCUCUCACUGACCACACCCUAGGAAAGGCACUAGGAACUUAUGUCUUCGUCGAUGCCUCAAAGGGUACAUUUGCUGGAAAUGCUGACCUCCUGUCACCAACAUAUGGAGCUUUGGGAUCCAACUGCCAGCUUUCAUUUGCCUACUACAAAUCUGGAGACAGUCAAGGAUUCAUGCGUCUCUAUCUCAUCUCCCCAGGCGCACAACCAACAAGUGGUUUAGGUAAGAUCCUCUUGUGGACAGCAAACACACAAAACAACACCUGGCUUACAACAAAUGUCACUCUGGGAGCCAGGCAACCAGGAUUCAGACUCAUGUUUGAAGCUGUGAAACAUCUGAGAACUGGGGACAUGGCCAUUGACGAUGUAAACUUCACAAACUGCCGUCAAUCCGCUCCGACAGGCAACUGUGCAUCUAACCAGUUCACAUGUGCUCGCAAGUCCUGUAUUGACAACAAUUAUCUCUGUGACUUCUCAGAUGACUGUGGGGAUGCCUCUGAUGAAACAACAACAAAAUGUGCUAACUAUGUUGAACGCUGCAACUUUGAACAAGACAUCUGUAACUGGAUACAGGACGAUAGUGAUGACUUCAACUGGUCUUACAAGUCUGGUUCCACUGCGACCAUGGGAACUGGUCCAAGUCUUGACCAUACAUAUGGAAACUCCACUGGGCACUAUAUCUACAUUGAAACUUCAUCACCACAGAGAUAUAAUAACACAGCAAGAAUUAUUAGUCCUGUGUUCCAGAGAUCAAACACAGGAAUGUGCAGAAUGAGAUUUUUCUAUUACAUGUACGGAAUAAACAUCAACACUUUAAAUGUGUACACUAAAACCUUUGAACUUGGCCCAAUGAUAAAGCAGAUCAGCAUCCAAGGACAGCAACAAGAUGGCUGGCUGAGAGCAGACGUGCCUCUCACAAGUAAUGCACCAUUCCGUGUUGUCAUGGAGGCAGUGGUUGGCCACGGACCCAAGGGCGACAUCGCAAUUGAUGAUGUGUCAUUUACACCGGGGUGCACACUAAUGUCUGCUACAGCAACUCUUCCAGCUAUGUUCACAACACCAUCUAGCUGUGGAGUAGGAAAAUUCCCCUGCCGAAAUGGAAAAUGUAUACCAUCAAAUUACUUCUGCAACUUCCGGAAUGAUUGCGGAGAUGGUGAUGACAGUGAUGAGGCCAGCUGUCCUAUGUUAACUACAUUUGAUAAUGGGACACGAUCAAACUGGAUCAAUGAUCAAGCUAAUGAUUUCCUAUGGCAAGUGGCUUCAAAUGGCAACCCCAAUGCAACCACAGGACCAACAGGCGACCACACAACUAUGUCUGGACACUUCCUCUACACCAAAGGCAAUGUCACUGGCCUCUCAAAAAUGAUGUCAAGACUAGUCAGCCCAAUAUACAACCAGGCUGGGAAAACUUGCUCUUUUAAUUUCUGGUACAACGUUCAUGGACAAGAAUUUGUAAACAUUAAUGUGUACAUCAAACGUGGUAGCACAGAAUCAAAUUUACUAACAAUCGGUGGAAGCAGUUUCUAUGGUACCCAGGACACCUGGCAGAUGGCACAGGUCAACUUACCAAUCUGCGCUUCAUCAUUCCAGAUUAUCAUAGAGACUACAUCGUAUGGUGCUUUUGGUGUGCCUCCAGGAUUUGUUGCUAUUGAUGACCUCCAGUUCAAGAACUGUGAAUACCCGGUUCCACCAGCAUCAUGCAUGUUGGGCCAGUUCACAUGCAACAGUGGCCACUGCAUUUCUCAAACACAAAAAUGUGACUUCCAGACAGACUGCUGCGAUGGUUCAGAUGAACUUCAAAGCACAUGCUCAGGCUACAACAGAUGUGACUUUGAGUAUGGACUUUGUAGCUGGGUGCAGCUCACCAGUGACACCUUUGAUUGGAAGAGACACAGAGGACCCACUAACACCUAUGGAACAGGACCUCAGCAAGACCAUACCACGGGCUCAGCCUCAGGGUACUACCUGUACAUGGAAUCAUCUGCCCCGCGACGACCUGGGGACAAGGCCAGACUGGCUCUCAGUCUGCCUCCAAACAGUGGUCUAUGUGCCAUCAGAUUCUGGUACCACAUGUAUGGUAGCAAUGUAGGCGCACUAAAUGUUUACCAGAACUCUCUCAACACUGGCAUGGUUCUCAAGGCAAGUAUAAAUGGUACCCACGGAAACCAGUGGGUUCUAAUGUCAGUAAGUCUCAGUUCUAACGUACCAUAUAAUGUGAUCAUAGAAGGCGUUGUUAGCAGUGGCUACCAUGGUGAUAUCGCCAUUGAUGACAUAUCAUUGUCAUCAGGCUGUGGAGCUCCGACAACCUCAUCUUUCACUUAUCCAACACCAUCCAAACUGCCACCAUCAACACCUAAACCAUGUCCCAAUGGACAGUACACUUGCAGCAAUGGACAGUGCAUAAAUGUGACCCAGGCAUGCAAUGGCAUCUCAGACUGUUCGGACAACUCUGAUGAAGCAAGGUGCACACAGCCAUGCUCAUUUGAGACCGAUUCCUGUGGCUGGAUGGAGGUAAUGAUCGAUGGAUUUGACUGGACUCGUUCAAGCGCAGCCCAAGCUGCAGGAGCUGGUAACUCAGCACAAGCACCACCAGUGGACAACACCAGAGGUAACCAGAAUGGUUAUUUCAUGUAUGUGCAAGACUCGACCAAUGGCCAUACUCAAAACAAGGUUGCUGAACUUGUCAGCCCUAUUAUUAACUCAGCCAGUGCAUACUGUAAGAUUCAAUUUUCAUACUACAUGGAUGGACAGGAUGUUGGUAUGAUGCAGCUGAUGAUCCAGGAAGCAGGCUCAUCCCCUGUAGUUCUCUGGAGAAGAAUGGGCACACUUGGAGCGGGUUGGAGAACAGUCACUGUGGGGCUUGGCAAACAUGUGGGAUCCUACACAAUCUCCAUACAGAAAAUUGCCGGAACUUACAGUGGCCAAACUGCCAUUGAUGACAUUCGAUUCUUGGACUGUGUACCCCCAGUGCCUCAAAGUAUGUGUAGUGGUACCCAAUUCACAUGUGCAAACAAGGCCUGUGUGGGCAAUAACUUGCUCUGUGACAUGACCAAUGACUGCGGAGACAACUCUGAUGAAACAAGCUGUGUCAACUCCCGUCAGAUAAACUUUGAGCAUGGACUUGGAGACCUUAUGCAGGGAGUAAACGGCAUUGAUGAUGAGUUUAACUGGGUGCUGGCCCCUACUUCAAGGAAUGUGACCAUGUUCCCGGGACCACCAUUUGACCACACAUUUGAGACGUCAAAGGGCGUGUACUUGUAUAUAGACUCCUCUCAACAUAUGUAUAACAGUCGUGCAUGGCUCAAGACUGGCACCUUCCAGUCAACAGCAUCAAACAACUGUCAGAUGAGAUUUUAUCUGUAUAUGUAUGGUCAGAAUGUGAACACAUUCACUGUUUACUACAGACUUUACAAUAAUGGUCCACCUUCUAGAUCAGUAUAUAAAGUCCAAGGAGAACAGGGCCCAUACUGGCAACGUGUAAACAUCCCACUGAAAAUAUCGCAACAGUUCCAAGUAAUAAUAGAGGCCAGGGCUGGCAACCAAGACACAGGAGGUCUUGCGAUUGACGAUGUUUCAUUUACUUCCGGCUGCGGGGCACCCACCACUGCCCGUCUGCCCAACCCACCACCGACGAUACCCACCACUGUUACCACAACCCAGCCACGCAUGGGGAACUGCAGCAGUCUACAGUUUGCUUGCUCAGAUGGAUCAUGCAUCGACCUCAUCCAGCGAUGUGACUUUAACUACAACUGCAAUGACAAGAGCGAUGAGCAGGGCUGUGUGAAGCAGCGCUGUACAUUUGACAAUGCCGACCCAUGUGGCUGGAGUAUCAGUCAUGGGAAAGUGACAGUUCCCGGAGAGUCCUACACCUGGCAGAUCGCAGAGGCACUCACCGUUAGAAACCAGCAGUACUUCCCAAAGACAGACCACUCACAGCAAAUGUCAACUGGCUGGUAUGCAUUUGCCUCAAGCUCCAGUGGCUCUUUCCACGACACAACAGAGGUGUACUCAUCCACUAUCGGGCAGACAGGUCCCCAGUGCACACUUAAGUUCUUCUACUAUAUGGACGGACCCUCAGUUGAUUCACUUAUUGUCUAUAUCAUGAUGGCGGGCAUCAAAACCCAGCUAUGGGAGCUAACAGGAGGCAGCGGCCGCCUCUGGCAGCCAGCGGAAGUGUACCUAGGUGCAAAGCAGAAUGUGGUGAUAACCAUCCAGUCCCGACGAGGCAUGACGUACCAGGGCGGGAUCUCCAUUGAUGAUGUCCAGUUCAUUGACUGCCAGCCGCCCAUCAUCCAGCCCACAUGCAGAAAGGACCAGUUUACGUGCAAGAACAAGUACUGCAUCUCUCCCCCAUUGCGAUGUAACUAUGCUGAUGACUGUGGAGAUGGAUCUGAUGAAGUGAAGAGUGAAUGUGACUCUACAUACCGAGGGCGAUGUGACUUCUCUAACGGCAUCUGUAAUUUCUGGAGUAAUGACAUGGAUGAUAACUUUGAUUGGACUCUGACCAAGGGUUCCACCCCCACCCUGGGGACUGGUCCCAGUGUAGACCACACCUCCAGGACUGAACAAGGAGGGUACAUCUUCGUGAACAGUGCUCCACCCCAGAAGCUGGGUGACGCCGCCCGCCUUUCCUCUAUGACCAUUAGUGGAUCCUCACAAGGAUGCAGUUUGCGACUAUGGUACCAUAUGUGGGGUACAGAGAUCGGUCACCUGACCAUUCUCAAGCGAUACAGCUACGCGGCUAAUGGUCUGAAACCAUUUGCUGACUACCAGGGUGACCAUGGCAACGGUUGGAUGCUGGGAACAUUCUCUCUUGACACACCUGACGACACCAGAGACUACCAGAUUGUGAUCCAAGGCACUGUGGGCGGAGGGGUCCACAAUGACAUCGCCCUUGAUGACAUCUCCCUCACACCUGGAUGCGUCAUUGGAGGUACCAUAUUUGGUUCCCCAACUGCACCCUCCACGACAGUGGGCCCAUGUGGAGCCGGGAAACAGAAGUGCAACAAUGGCCACUGCUACACAUACUCCCAACAGUGUAACUUCAUGGACGACUGUGGGGACAACACAGACGAGAUAGGCUGUGGCACUACAUGUGAAUUCGAGCGCAACCCACCAAACUCUGUGCUUUGCGGUUGGAAGAACUCUGCACGGGACAACACAGACUUCCAGGUUGUGGCUGCCGCUGGGUCACAGGGCCCACAGACUGACCACACUUCCAGCACCGGACAGGGCUACUACCUGAUGGUACAGAACAGCCCCAACUCUAUCUCCGGUGACACAGCAAUCCUCGAAUCUGGCAUGUUCUUCUCCUCCAGUCCAGCCUGCACCAUGACAAUCUGGUACAACACCAACGGCGCUGUUGGCACUGUCAUCAGAGUGCUGGUAAAAGAUGCCCAGAAUACACUGAAUUCUGCCUUUAUGACAACGGCUGAUAACUCCCACGUCUGGCAGCGUGCAAACAUUAACAUCGGAUCGUACAGCAAGUUCAUAUUUGAAAUCGUCACAAUUUUCCCACGCAACGCAGGAGGCAGCGUGGUUGCCUUUGAUGAUAUCAGCUUCUCUAAAUGUGCUCCAGCUGCCCAGGUAGAUUCGUGUGCUCCAAACCAAUGGCUGUGUGCCAACAGAAAAACGUGCAUAAACCUCUAUCAACGCUGUGAUAACCGUGCUGACUGCCUUGAUGGUUCUGAUGAAUAUGGCUGCACCCCGAACCUUGGUGAUUGUAACUUUGAUGACAACAACUGGCUACAGCAAUGUAAGUGGAAGCAGCGUGUGGACGAUGAUGGAGACUGGUCAUUGGCCAACACCCAGGUUGACCCCUUCACUGGACCAAGAGCUGACCACCAGGGAACACGGAAUGGCCACUUCUUGCUGAUGGUAAGUUCGGGUCUGAAGGGUGGCGAUGUUGUCGACGUACAGACCCCACAGUUCCCAGCCAGCCAUGGGGUCUGCUACCUCCGCUUCUACUACUACAUGUUCGGGUCCCAGAACAUAGGCCCACUAAGGGUUUACACAUACAAUACAAACUCGGAGAAGAUUCUGAUGUGGUCAGACAGCCGUAACAAGGGUCAGCAGUGGGUAUAUGCCAACGUUCUCGUCGGGGACAACACAAACUUCAGCGUCAUUUUUGAGGCCGAAGCCCAGGAUUCGAACACUGCUGAUGUCGCCAUUGACGAUGUCUCUUUCACCCCGGAAUGCGCCACAGGAUUGCCUCCAGCAGUAUUAACAGGCCCGGCAUGUAACCCAACAAUGGAGUUUUAUUGCCCGUCCCGUAACGAGUGUCUUCCCAACACCUGGAUGUGCGAUGGGACAGUGGACUGUCCUGGCGGGAAGGAUGAACCAGCAUCCUGCCCCACACAGCAACCCCGCCCAUCUGGUCAACCGACACAAACUCCCAAAACCCUUCCAACAACCACACAAAGAGUGACCCCAGUGCACGUGAACAACUGUCCCCAUGGUCAGUUCCAGUGCAGCAGUUCUGAAUGUAUCCCUGCCAAUCUCCAGUGUGAUAAGGUGUCCGAUUGCUCAGAUGGCUCGGAUGAAAUAUGCACCAAGACUUGUCGCUCCGACUUCCUCUUCUGCUCAUCCCAGAACCUGUGUAUCUCGAAUGCUACCCGCUGUGACGGAGUGGACAACUGUCUUAAUGGUGCUGAUGAGGCUUUGUGUUCCACCACAUGCAGAGCCAACUAUUGUCAGAAUGGUGGCACAUGCACUGUGGGUGUAACACCCGCUGUUUGUAUUUGCCCCAACGCAUAUGCUGGCGCGCGAUGUCAGUACUCAAAUCCAAACUCCCUUGGAAACACACAGACAAAGUCAGGAUCAGGAGGUUGGAAGGUUGGGGUCGGUGCAACAUUCGGUGUCGUUCUUCUGGUUGUCCUCGUGGUCGGCGGAUUCUUCAUGCUCCGUAAAUACAAGCCUGACAUCAGUCUGCCAAACCUUCCAUCGUUCAGGAAGCCCCGUGCUCAGGAAGGACUCAGUAACCCUGUGUAUGAUGGAUACGGCUCUGAGGAACACUCUGAAUUCGCAAUGAACAACGUUGAUUCUGGCUUUCAAUCAACCUCCAUAGAAAAUCCCCUGUACUCGGAAGCCUGAGAUAUCCCAGACAUGACAACACCAUGACAACAACCAUAUAUGUGCAAUAGGAUUAUUUCAGAAUGUGCAAUACCUAAAACCAUGACAUUUAAAAGAAAUAUUUUGAAAAUAAUGUAACUUCUUAUACAUAUGUGUGCAAUAGAUACAUUUCAAACUGUGCAAUACUUUGAUAAUCUUUAUUGUGCUCAAUAUAUCACAUGCUUAUUAUCUUUUCCAAAGUGCCAUUCCAAUUUUUGAACAUAAUUCUUCUGUUACGAAAUAAAUCAUUAAAAUAA